UGGGAAACGAGCAAGGUCUCUCACACUCUCUGCAUCCUUCACACUGGUGAGGGUCUGCGUUCAUAUAGCAACGCAGCAGUACACGUACAGUUCUUGGCGAGGAGAGAACUGCCUAGCAUCCAGUGACCAAUAUGGAGGCACUGCAGCUGGAAGAAGAGCUGCUCCCAGUAGGGACCACACCGGUCCACAUCGCGGUCAACAGUGGUCAGAUUGGAGCCCUGCGGAACCUGCUGGAUGGGGACCGCUCCCUCGUGGACCAACCCGACCAAUUUGGCCACUCUCCUCUGGACAAAGCCCUGAAGAACUGCAGACUGGAAGCAGCCAGUGUACUGAUACAGUACGGUGCAAACCUUAAUACUCCCUAUGGGACCGACCCCCAGCAAACACUGGCUCAGGUACUGAUAUCAAACCCAGCCUUUGUAUCACUGCUACACAGUGUACUUGCCUCCAACACUGCACUUGACUUAAACUUAAGCUCUCUUAUACCUCCACUUGCCUACGACGGCAGUGUGGACAUGCUUGAAGCAGUCUUGAGUAGACCGAAUGUGAACGUGGACUAUAGAGACCACCUCAAAUGCACAGGUCUUCACUAUGCCUCCAGUAGAGGGCUCUUGAAAGUAGUGAGACUGCUUUUAGCAAGUGGAGCAAACAGACUUUUAAAGACCUUGGUGGGUAUUACUGCCCUACACCUUGCAUGCAGUGCGGGACACCUGCAAGUUGUAGCAGCCAUUCUAGAAGAGAAUCUGGGCUCCGUAAGCCAAAAGGAUUUGCUAGCAUCAAAAAAUAGCGCCCUGGACACGCCAAUCGUGUGUGCGUUCAGACACUACCAUCUUGAGGUAGUUCAAUACAUACUUUCCAGCCACAUAGAGCAGCUAGACUUGGAGGAAAUGCUGCCCAAUGGCCACAGACUCCCAGGUUUCUGCUUCUACCAUAGAUACUGGACCUCACCUUCCCUGAUUAGGUCUCCAUAUCUCUACUCCACCCUCCCAUGUCUCAGUGUGGAGGAGAGCCAAUGGGCACUGCAUGAGAGUGUCCACACAGACAACCCUGGAGGUGUGAGGGAGGCACUAGAGUAUGGAGCCAGUGUGGAGUGCCUAGACUACAUGCUCCAGACUCCUCUCAUGCUCGCUGCAAAACUAGGCUCGGUGGACGUGUGCAAAUGUCUGGUUGAGAAUGGUGCCGAUCCGAAUGUUGUUGAUUUGUCUGGCAAGACAGCACUUGUGUAUGCAUAUGAACACGGAAAGCAUGAGGUUGUAGAGUACUUGCUCUCUCAGCCUACCUGUACCUGUCAUUGCCUUGACCCGCUCUCUCUCAUUAGCCCCAUAGCCACCGUCGAUAUGCUGGCUGUACUGGUAUCUUAUCUCGAAGAAAGGAAGGCAAGUGAGUCGGCAAGCAGUAGUGGUGACUGGUUUGCUUGGUUAGCUCUUGCUGUACCCACUGCUCCGAUCAGUCUCUUCCAGGCUCUUGUCAAUGCCGUGGCACCAACUGACUGGCUCCAGCAGAUGUGCUCUAACAUUGGAGCCUCUGUAUCCAAUACAGCUGAACCACAAGUCACCCACAGGGUAGCUAAACACCCGGUACUUCCAGCCUAUGUCCAGGAGGAUAUAGUCGGAGAUUCACACAAGCCCCGGCCAAAACUGGUCCGCUCCUUCAGUCGACCUAGAAAGUGGUACUUUGCCCGGGCACCACCUUCCACGGCAAAGGAGUGGAAAUUCAAGACAAUCCCUCAGCCCAAGAAGCCUCCCAUGACUCCAGGGAAGCAUAGGGUUAUGGUAUAUAAGUAUAGAGUCUCACCACCCAAUAAGCCUAUCCUACCUCUGGGGGAAGACAGGUGUAUGCUUGGCAGAGCUAGGGUGUCCUGGCAAGAACCCAGCUCACUCAUACACUCUGCUGCCCUUCACAACCUGGACGUGUUCAAGUUCAUCUUGGCCAGCUGCGAUGACACGGAGCUACAGGAGAAGGUCCUGCUCUUGAGGGACGAGGCAGGUCGGACGGCCCUGGAGCUGGCUCUGCGGCAGUUUCCCGUCAUAUCUGAUGCCUGCUCCUCACUUGGGCUGAGGGAGACUGGAGGUCUGGAUGAAUACCUCACUCGAGAGUUCCCACUCCCCGAGUCACUGCUGUUUGAAGAGGCUCUCCUUCACUACGUCUGUGUUGGCAAACAGGUACUUUCCUCUCAGAAUGAUAAAGUGUACGAGUCUCCUUUACAAGCCUGGCCUCUGUGGUACCUCCAGCUACAAGUCAACGCCUUUUGUCUGAACAUUGAAUCAGGCUUUUUUCAACUGACUGAUUUGGAAGACAGAAAGAGGCUACUGGACCUUCUUCUAGUCAACCAAUAUUUUCCUGCUGGUUGGAGUGGAGAUGAAAGAGAAUGCCCUCCACCACUGUUUGCAGCGGUCCAGCACAGCUCUAGCUGGGCCAUCGAGCCUCUCCUCUCACACGGAGCUGAUCCUGCAACCCAUCACAGAGGAAGGCUUUCCAUUGAGGUAGCAGCCAAGCAUGGCCAAGUAGAGACAGUGCAAAGGCUCCUGGAACGUGGCCUGGACUCAUUCCUGGCCCUCUCUGACCGCCAGCAGCUGUUUUCCUCCCUCUCCUCCUCCCUGGAGUGCCUCAUCAGGUGUGGGUUAAUUGAGGGUGCAGUUAAUCUUCUACAGGGUCUCAGCCUUGGCCAAUAUCUGUGGUCCUCAGCCCAUGCGCCGGCCUUCCUCUUUACGCUGCUCAGGCUCGGUUUGAAGGCUCGGAGGUAUACAAAGUAAUUCUGAGGGAUUUUAUCAAUUUUCUGGGCUCAGAGAUGAGUGACUUGGGGAGUGAGUCUAUUGCUAAGUCAAUAGUGAUGAGCAAUAUGAAGCUGAUUAGGCAGCGGACGUUUUUUGCCAAAGCUUCCAGUGACACGAAGAAUCUUUUAACCCUCUUGAAUCAUAGACCACUGAAACACACUCUGGGUGAGUUGCUUCGAUCAUUUUGUGGCGACGGAAAUAAUCGCAUGGUUCGUUUCAUUCUGGAAGGGAGUAGCCCCGAGGCUGCAGCUGGGAUCAUCAAUAAACCAGAUCUCGUGGGGUAUACUCCUCUGUUUUACGCU